AUGACGCUGCUGUCCUUUGUGGAUGAUGGGACCAUUCUGGCCCAAUCCAAACAACUUGAUGAUAAUAAUGUAGGCCUGCGUAAGGCCUACAAAAUUAUCUACCUUCUCUUUGUUGCCUUCGUGCUCGUUCUUGAACACGACAAGACCGAGUUGUUUCACUUUUCGCGUCGACGAGAUGCCUACAAUCCCUCGCUGGAUCUGGGGUACGCCCCUCAUACCGGUGCUACACCUUUGAAACCCAAGACCUAUUGGAGAGGUCUCUCGCCUAAACAGCGCCGCCUCUUAUAUCGGUCGUGUGUGGUUCCCAUUGCCACAUACGGCUAUCGUCUCUGGUAUUUUGAUGGUGCCCGUAACAAGGGUGCGAUGAACCAGUUGAAAUGGAUGCAGCGGAAAGCUGCUCUAUGGAUUACGGGUGCUUUCCGCACCUCACCUCUGCGUCUCAUCCCUGUCCACCUUAUGCUGAAGAAGCUGGCAACGCGUGCAGUGUAUUGCGUCGCCACCCUCUCAGACACCCACCCUCUUCGCUCCAUGAUGGGCGAGGGACUCCUCAAGCGAGCCGCACCACACGCUCGCUCCGCCGCCUUGAUGACCCCAGCUAUGCGAGGGAAAGUCAAGAGCACUGUCAUGGAGGUGGAUGAGCGUGUCCACACCUUAACUGAGAGCUUCAAACCGUUUGCGCCCGAAGCUCGCCCAGCUGCCAUCAUCUACAAGGGACAUCGCGAGCUCGAAAGGACUCACUAUGUCUCUGGCAGAGUUACUGCCCCAGAUGCGGAACUCAAUGCCAUCUCGUGUGCAGUGCGCCUUGCUGUCAAGCAGGCAAACUGCCAACAUAUUAUGGUCUUUACUGACUCUAUGGGCUCAGCCCAUAGAGCGGUUGACCCCGGUGUGCAUUCUGGUCAGGCUUUUAGUCUGUCAGUAUGUCGCGCUCUUCAAGAGUGGUUUGAGGUGGAUGAUCUCCGCUGCAUUACCUUCGUCUACGUCCCAUCCGCUCUGCGGUGGGAUAUCCAUGACACGCUACGCUCCCAAGCGGCGCACUCAGUCCUGGAUUCGUGGAGUUCCACUUUCCAGGAUCCAACUUACCGAGGCUCUGAAUUCUUAGAGCUUCAACGGGCGGCCGCUACAGCCAUCGUACCUCAAUGGGGGACCUUGGCUUUCAACCUUCGGACACAGUAUUACUGA